AUGUUGUCCCGAGUCGCUCGACAAAAAACUGCCAUCAGCCUAUUGCGGCAGUCGAACGGACGCCGUCUACAGCCCUCGGUGGCAGGGCUACGAUUUCAUGGUAAUGCCAGCAAACCAUCAUUGCUGGCAAGUGCAUCUGUGACCACUCCACAGGAACAAACUCAUCGACCUUCGUUUCAAUCCAACCGGACUCUUGCCACUGCUGCCGACCAGUCUGCUGUCGAUCAAGGAUCCUAUGCAUCAUUCGACGACUCGCACUAUGCACCAGAGAAUUUCUAUGACCCAUCACAGCAGUGGUCUAAACUGUUCCCUUCACUGCCUGCUAAAGAACUCGAUCCUUCGUCCCUGAUCAUCGUGGGCGAGUCAUUACAAACCAAACCCAAAGUAUCACGGAAGGUGAGAGGGAUCGGCGGCGAUGAGGAUGAAAUGCUGGCCAAUUUAGAUGUCUCUCUUAAGGUUGGACGCUUUGAUCGGGCUGCCACGCUCAUUAAUCGAUUGGGACAACAUUACCCCGUCGGUUCAUCGGAGUACCUAGCUAUUCACAAUCGCUAUCUGGAAAAGAUGGUAUCUCACAUGAUUGUUACAAGGCAGCAUAAUAUGGUGCUGCCGAUGCAGAGGUGGUUUGAACUUGAUAUGCCAAACGGGGGCGUAAAAGCGGAUGCAACAACAUAUGCGAUCAUGAUACGGAUGGCACUUCGCAUGCUUCAUGGCUCGAAGCGAGACAGAGCUGUGCGAAGAUAUUGGCAAUUCGCCAAGAAGGAUAAUAUCGAGGAGGAAGUACUGGCAGUCCCUGUUCUCUCGGAAUUGGAGCUCGGAGAACUCUCAGAGAUCUGCUCAUCUGACCUUCAACGCGUUGCCAUCGGCAGUAUUGGAUCUGAACCCGCACCCGCUGUCGCCGUCAGCUCGCAGACGGAUAACUUGGCGGAAGUUAGGCCUGUUGAGCAAAAGGGUCUCGGGCUUUCCUCACUCAAACAAUCUCUCUCCCUCUUUUUAAGCGAGUCUAGUCCCUCGGUGCCCGCUGACCCCGAACAGAAGCUGGCCUUUGAUGAACUCAAACAGCGUCAACUGGAAGCUGACUCGAUACGGUCUGCGAUGAAUCGUUGGCGUCAGGAGUUUGAUAACAGACAGAAAUUGGGCCUCGACGCCACCGCUGGUGGGAAGAAAUUAGGAGCCAUUAUGACGGAGUGGCACUCUAGCCUCGUUGCUAGGAUUAAGGAGGAACUUGAGCUUGUUGCUGAAGCGGAGGCGAAUCCCAUUCGCACUCUCGAGCAGAAAGAGCGCUGCGAAUAUGGUGUGUACUUGCGAUGUCUGGAUACAGACACUUUGGCUGCGCUUACCAUUCUGGCUGUCAUGUCUACUUUCAGCCGCGGUGGGAUGGAAAAGGGUUUGAAAGUCUCUGCAGUUGUUUCAACUAUUGGUAAAGAUCUCCAGGACGAAUUGAUAGCGGAGGCUGCCCUCAAAAAUGAAGCCGGCACAGACUCUCGGCGACUCAAGGCACUGAAGGAACUCCUAGCGGGGCGCAAGAAGAAGGGCGGUCGUGCCAAAUGGCAUGCGCUCGUUCAAAAGAUGCAGAAAGAGGAUGCGACGAUCAUGUGGUCGCCACGGGUGACUGCAAAGAUCGGCGCGGUAUUGAUGAGCCUGCUAUUCGAGGUCGGCAAGGCACCGGUGACCAUGGAAGAUCCCGAAACGAAAAAGAAAACGGUCACGAUGCAACCUGCCUUCCAGCACGCUUAUCAGAUCACCUGGGGAAGGCGUACGGGCUACCUCCACCUUCAUCCAGCAAUCGUCCAGAUUGUCGCCAAAGAACCGACUGCCGAUCUUCUCGGUCGGCAUUUACCCAUGGUCUGCAAACCCCGACCCUGGAAGGGCAUGAAAGAUGGGGGUUUCUUGUUGUAUCAAUCUGAUAUUGUGCGAACGACACCUGGUGAAAGUCUCCAGCCGACGUACAUCAAGACUGCCUUGGAGAACAACGGCCUUGAGGACAUUCGCCGGGGCUUGGACAAUCUUGGCAGCACAGGGUGGACCAUCAAUCGCGAGGUCCUCAAUGUUAUGCUCGAAGCAUGGAAUUCUGGAGAGGCUGUCGCAAACCUUGCUCCUCUAGAACCAGACCUACCACUUCCGCCAAAACCAGCUCCUGAAGCGGGGUAUCACGCUGAAAAGGAAUGGGAUACUCUGGUACGCGAAAUUGAAAACAGGAGAUCUGGGCUCCACUCGAUGCGAUGUUUCCAAAAUUUCCAAAUGGAACUUGCUCGUGCGUACAGGAAUGUCACCUUUUACCUUCCGCAUAACAUGGACUUCCGCGGUCGUGCUUACCCACUUCCUCCGUAUCUUAAUCAGAUGGGUGCAGACAACUCCAGAGGUCUUCUGCUGUUUAGCGAGGCGAAGCCAUUGGGAGCCAGUGGUUUGAGAUGGUUGAAAAUUCAGAUCGCGAAUCUUUCGGGUUUUGACAAGGCUAGCAUGUCUGAGCGUGAACAAUUCACCAUGGAUCACUUGGACGAUGUGCUUGACUCGGCGGACAAGGGUCUACACGGCAGACGCUGGUGGCUCAAGGCGGAAGAUCCCUGGCAAUGUUUAGCUGCCUGUUGUGAAUUAAGAAACGCCCUUCGCCAUCCGGAUCCGACCCAGUACCCGUCCCGCUUGCCUAUCCACCAGGAUGGUUCGUGCAAUGGGCUGCAGCAUUACGCGGCACUUGGAGGUGAUAGCGUCGGUGCACAGCAAGUCAAUCUCGAACCAUCCGAUCGCCCGUCCGACGUCUACACCGGUGUUGCCGAGUUCGUUAAAAAAGAAGUUGCGCGGGAGGCAGCCCAGGGCCACCCAAUCGCUAAGAUCCUCGACGGAAGGAUUACAAGAAAGAUUGUAAAGCAGACCGUCAUGACCAAUGUGUACGGUGUCACGUUCAUGGGAGCGAUGAGACAGGUCCGCAAGCAGCUUAUCGACCAUUACCCCGACCUGUCCUACGAGGAUAAAAAGAAUGGAUCGUUGUACAUUGCCCGGAAAAUCUUCGAAGCUCUGGGUACGAUGUUCAACGGGGCGCAUGAAAUUCAGCAUUGGCUUGGAGACUGUGCAAGUCGUAUCACAACCUCACUGUCCCCCGAACAGAUUGAGCAAAUCGCGAAGGAGGCUUUGACGCCUUCUUCAGGUAGAUCUGCAGCAAAGCUCAAGGAUCCAUCUGAGAAGUUUAGGUCUACAGUUAUCUGGACCACGCCUCUUGGACUGCCGGUGGUCCAGCCGUACCGCGUGCGAAAGGCUCGGCGUAUCACCACAACUCUUCAGGAUCUGAGUAUCGUCGAUACUAAUUCGGAAGACGUCGUUUCGAAGCGCAAACAGUUACAGGCUUUCCCGCCGAAUUUCAUCCACUCUCUUGAUGCCACUCACAUGAUCAUGUCUGCAAACGCCUGCAACCAAGCCGGCUUGACCUUCUCUGCAGUCCAUGAUUCGUUCUGGACGCACGCGUGUGACGUCGAUACCAUGAACCAGAUCCUUCGGGAAGCCUUUGUUCGUAUGCACUCGGACGAUAUUAUCAGGAGACUCGCUUCUGAGUUUCAGGUUCGGUAUGGGCAGAACCUGUUCCUUGCGAAGGUUGACGCGGGUACGAAGAUUGGACGUGCAAUUCGUGACUUCCGAAAAGGCGGGAAGAAGAAGUCGGGAAAGGUUCAGGAGCUUUUGGACGAGUACAAGAGACAGCAGCUUUUGAGGUCGGACGAUCCAGAGUUGCAAGCGCAGGGUCGUGCCAUGGUCACAGCUGGUAGCGUCUUCGAACAGCUUGGUGGAACUGAUAAAGAUCUGGCAAUUGCGAGCUCACUCGGUGAAUCAGCGGUGGGGCAUAUACCAGAGGAUUUGGCUGCAGCGGAGCGGAAGACGCCGGGACUAGGGAUUGAUACGUCGGAUCCUGCGAUCGAGAGCUUGUUUUCGGACUUUCAGGACCUGGAACCGAGGGGCGGUGAGGCUGACAAAGCCACUGGGGCCGAGCUGGAGGAUGAAAUGGUGGCAGAAGACGGUGCAGGGAAGAAGAAGAAAAAGGUUCGGCAGCAUGUGUGGCUUUGGCUACCCCUGCGGUUCCGGGACGUUCCCGCCAAGGGUGCCUGGGAUCUAACACGGAUCCGAGACAGCCAGUAUUUCUUUUCAUAG